AUGUCACACUUUUUCUAUCUGACUCCAGAAAUUCUCUUGCCCUUUAGCCCUUUAACUUCUGAAGAGUUCGAGUCGAUCAGACACAGGGCCCGAGCACUGUGGCAGGAUGAGACACGGUGGUCUGAUUCUUCAGCGACAACAAACUCAGGCAGUUACAAGGAAAAGCAACUGGAUGAGUCCACCAGCAACCGACUGGCUCGACGAGCAGGCCCCCAGAAGCUUGAAUAUAAAUAGAUGCCACUGAUGAAAAGCUCUGUCUACAGUCCCUACCAUGCUGGCUCCCAAGAGGCUGCAGAUGGCAAAGCAGGACUCCCCGAUAUAACAAGACCGUUGUAUAACUCACUCAACUUGAAGCACAAAGUGGCACACCAAAUUUGGGGUACUGAGGCUCAAUCUCCAGCACCUCUAAACUACAAAAAACCAUGUGUGAGACCCAAAAAGCCCAGCUUUGAGAUUCUCAUGGGUUACAAAAGUAGAGGGAAAAAGCUCCUGAAACAGUUUCAGCGACAAUGGGAUUAUGAAAGCAAGUUUGGCUCCUCCGAGGACUCAGAGGCGGAUCGAUAUUCCUGA